AAGAUGUCGGAAACCACAAAUGCCGUCUUAUCCCAAAUCUGUAGGAUUAAGAAAACGACAAUCAUUAAAUUUAAGUGGAGAGUCAAAUCAAGGAAGUAAUGAAGUAAAAGGUGCCAUUAUUUAUAAUUCAAAUGAACUAAAUGAUAAUUAUGUUACAAUUCAAUCUUCAAAUGAACCAAAGGUUGAAAUGAUACAAAAACAAAAAGAGUAUACAGCAUGGAAGAAAUCAAGUGCUGCUAAAACUUGUCUUGUUUAUGUGAAUUAUUGGGAAGAAUAUGAUCCAGAUAGGAUAUUAAAUCAAGGUUUUCCACUUAUAUCCUCAGAAAUGUUGCCUAUAAAAUAUGUGUGUUAUUUAUGUGGUAGUACUGGCUUAGACAAUCAAUUUCAGUUUAUCUUCUGCUCUUUAUGCUGUGAGCCAUUUCACUCAUUUUGUUUAGAUGAAGAAACAUUUAAUGAUCGGUUUGAUGAAGAAACAUGGUGCUGUCAAAAUUGCCAAAGUUGUAUAGUAUGUGGACUAAAAGAAAAUCUUUUGAAAUGCAAAGUUUGCAUGAAAUGUUAUCAUUUAGAAUGUAUUGGACCAGAUUAUCCUUCAAAGCCAUCAAAAAAGAAUGUCUGGGUUUGUCCAACUUGCAUGAAAUGCAAAAGUUGCAGUGGAACCAUUCAGAAAGGUUCAGUUUGGAAUUUUGAUAUGCCAUAUUGUUCUAAAUGUUCACUACGUAAAACUAAAGGUAGUUAUUGUCCAAUUUGUCAGUUGAGUUAUGAUAAUAAUGAUUAUGAAAGUAAGAUGAUGCAAUGUGCAAAAUGUCAUUUAUGGGUCCAUGCUAAGUGUGAUGAUAUAACAGAUGACAUGUAUGAGGUUUUAUCUUGUCUUCCUGAGACUGUCAUAUAUACAUGUCCAUGUUGUGCUCAAGAGGUGGAAUGUAUAUGGCUGAAUGCUGUGUAUGAUGAGUUAACCAGAGGUUUGAAGUCAAUCCUUUCAGCCUUCGUCAAUGCAGAGAUUGUCAACAAUUCUAAUCAUCAGGAAGAUCUUGGACCUCAACUUGAAUCUUCCAAAUAUCCAGAUAUAUUCAAGAAGAAACAUUGUGAAAUUAGAUUACCUCCAGGUUUACCAAAUAACACAGAUGGUAAAACAGAUAAACUCAUUGUAAUUUUGAAUAAAUUGGAAAGAAGAGAAUAUACUGUUCUAAGCAAUUUUUAUGAAGAAGUUUUAGCUUUACCACAACUAAAUAAUGUAGCAAGAGCUCAUAAAGUGGAUAAACUUAACAAAUUGAUAAAGUUAUAUUUUCCAUGGUUUGAACAUUCUCAAUGGGACAAAGAAUCAUCAAAACCUUCUGAUUGUCAUGUAGUAAAACCUCCUUAUGAUGAUCAUAAUUAUGCUAUAUACAAAAUUAGUAGUGUACAGAAAGAAUCUUUGACUCAACCAGGAAAAUUAAGAAGUGGCAAAGAUGAUCCCCGCAAAUGUGUUCUUUGUGGAAUUUUUGGUGAUGCUAUUCCUAAUGAAUGUGGACGAUUAAUUUAUUGUGGUCAAAAUGAUUGGGUACACAUAAAUUGUGCUCUGUGGUCAGCAGAGGUUUUUGAAGAAAUAGAUGGUUCACUUCAGAAUGUUCAUCCAGCUAUAUCAAGAGGAAGAUCAAUGCGUUGUGAAAGUUGUAAGAAUAAAGGUGCUACUGUGGGUUGUUGUAUUAGAGGAUGCCCUGCUAAUUAUCAUUUCAAAUGUGCUCGUGAAGAAAAGGCAAUAUUCCAAGAAGAUAAAAAAGUGUAUUGUGACAAUCAUAGAGAUUGGGCUGAUGAAAAGAAAAUUGGUGAUGACUCAUUUUUUGUCAAACAUUCAAUGUAUGUUGAUCAAGAUCAGUUAUCACCUAAAUGGCGAAAGAAAACCUGGCAAAGUGGUUUACCUGCUGGAUGUGUUCAUGUAACCAUAGGUUCAUUGACUAUUGAAAAUCUUGGAUAUUUAACUCCAGCAUCUGAUCGUUCUGAUGCAUUGGUACCUGUAGAAUUUGUAGCAACAAGGUUAUUUUGGAGUACAAGAAAUCCUCGUCAAAGAGUCACUUAUAGGAUAAGAACUAUAGAAGUAAUACCUGAAACAGAGAUGGUGGAAAAGGUUGCAUCUCCUCAUCAUACAAUUGCUCAUAAUGUUGAUAAAAAUGAUAGACGGAACAAAAUGUCAAAUGUUUGGAAAUUUAAAGGAUCGGCUCUACGAAGGAAUAAUUUAUAUCCUGAAUGUAGUUUAGAAUCUUCAGUUGCACAUUUAGAUCAAAAUAAAAAUCUAUUUGAUUUUAAUAGUGAGAAUUCUGCAUUAGUAAGCAAUACAUUGCAAGAUUUAAAUAAAAACAAUGAAGAAAAAGAGAUAGGUAAAAAUACUUCUGUUUAUGAUGAAAGAUCUUCAAGUACACUGAAUGCCUCCAAUAAAGAAGAUUCAAUUCACAACAAUUCAUUUUCAAGUAAAAUUUUAAACUCAAAUCAAUUGAUUGCCUCAAAAAUUGAUCAAAUGGAUCAAACUAGUAAUGAUUUAUCAUUAGGAACAAUAUCUAAGGAUAUGAUAUGUAAAUUAACUUCUACACCCAAGAUUAAAGAUGAUAAAAAAUCUGAUAAUGAUUUAAUUUCACAGAAAAAUGAGAUUAUCAACAAAAUUUCAGAAAAUAUAUCUGAGAUGAAAACUUCAAAAAGUGUGCCAAAUGAAGAUGAUUGUACUUCAUCAAAUAAUCAAGUUCCAAUUAUUGAACAUUUAGAACCUUCUAAUAAAAUAAAUAAUCAAAUCUUAGAGUCAAAAGUCAAUAAUAACAAAGAUAAAAAUGAAGACAAUACCUAUCAGUCUGUUGACCAUCAACUUCCAUCUGAAGAAGUGGAAAACAUUUGUCCUAAGCUUCCAGAGAGGAAGUGUACUUUAAAAAAAAUUCUCAAGACAUAUCCUUUGAGAAGUCGCCGGUAUCAAGAAUCCAUUAAAUUAUUAAAACAUUACACUGAUAAAAACCAAAUUACAAUGAAUAUAAAGAAAAGGUUAAAACAUAAAAAAUACAAAGACAUCUCUUUUCCCACAAACAACAUAAAUGAAAUAUGUGAUGACAUUAAUAACAAUGAAGCAGGAAUUCACCUAGAAACUAUGGAAAAUUCCAACAAAACUAGACAGUUGAGGAGGACUCCAGCUCGUUUAUAUUUUGAACAUUUAACAAAACAUAAGUUACUUUUCAAAAAGAAAAGGAAUCUGAACAAUAUCUUUAAUAAUAAAAAAUCAAACUGUACUAAUCACAGAAAAAACAAACUUAAUAGCUGCAAGAAUUCAGAAUUUUUACCUAACAACAAGAAUCAUUUGUAUCAGAUACCACUAGAUUUUGCUGUACAGAAAAGUAACAAUUUAAAUAAUCUUGUAAAUAAUGAAAUUGUGGUGGCUGUUGGAGAAAUUGAGAAUUUUGGUUAUUGUAUGGAUAGCAAAGAAUCAGAAAUCCAAAAUAAUGAAAGAUUUGCUGAUCAGAAUAAAGACCUUGCUAAUGAAAAAACGUUUAAAUGUAAAAAUUGUAAAAGACAAUAUAGGACAUGGGAUAGUUGUAGGAAGCAUGAAAUGAAUUGUGAUUUUAUUGUUGACUCCAGUUCAUCAGAUGAAGAAGAAAUGAAUAUGUUACCAAAUUCGCAACAAGAAAACCCAAAUGCAAAUGAUGAAAUUAAUUAUUCAAACAGAGAAGAAUUGAAUGAUGAUGACAAUGAUGAAGAUGGUGAUGAUGAUAAUGAUGACGACAAUGAUAAUGAUAAACAAUCUUUGAUUUCAACAACAGAUAGUGCCUCUGAACCUUACUACAAAGAUGAUAAUGAUUUUUCUGAAGAAUGUACAGAAUCAAACAUAUUAAGUAAUUCUUCUAUAUCAGCAGAUGUUUAUAAUGACAAUAUUUUUCAACAAAAUUGUUCAAAUUUUAACAUAGAAAAAACUAAGAAAAAAGAAUCUAAUCAGAAAUUUAUUCUUCCAAAACCAAAUGUAAAUGUUGUUAACAGUUAUACAUCUACAAUUUCAGAAAGCAGUUUUAAUAUUCAAAGUAGUGAAAAUUCCAUGUUGGUUUUCAAUCAGCCUGAAGAGGCAACUCACAAUCUUAACAAUUCUUACAUUCUUCCUAGUCAAACAGAUAUGAAUGCAGCUCGUCCUAUUUGUAUUCAGAAUACCUGUCAACUUUUUACUGCAGGUCUAAAUAUUGUUCAGAAUCCAAACUUAUCUUACUUGGGAUCUAUUACUAUCUCUAAUCAAGAAUUAGUUUCUAUGGCUUUUAAUGUACAGGAUUCUUCGAUGCAAGUGCCAUCUGGGAUAAUUAUGGAUCAGGUUCAGACUUCACAAAUUGCUUCUAAUAUGCAGUUGCCCAUUGUAAAUUUUCCUCUACUAAAUCCACAGCUUCCAAACACUCAGACAUUUGUUCCUCAUCCAACUAUAAUGAAUCCCCAGCAGCCUCUUAUGUAUUUAAAUCCUGUAUUGACACAAACUCAAGUGAGUGAAUCCGUAUUUAUUAUGAAUUCUGAAUCUUCACAACCUGUAGUUUAUGAAAUGCCCAGAAAUGCAGCAGUUCAACCUGCUGUUCAGUCUGCUGGAUUUAUUCCAAAUUCAAAUGAGUUCAAUCCAACUAAUCUUGAACAACCAUGGUUAGCAAACAGUUUACCUGUUAAUAACAUGCAUUCAUCUGUAGAUACAACAUCCUCUAAUCAGGAUUUAAAAUCAGGUUUACCUCAAAAUUCUGAUAGAUUACUCCAUAAAAGUAUUUCAGUUGAAACUGAUAGAGUGAAUGAAGAACAGUCAAUUACUAAUGGAAAUAUUCAAAGCACAGCAUCGAAAAGCAGUUUGAAAAGAUCUGCUUCUCCAAAGAAUUUAGAAAAAUGUAAUUCUGCACUCUCUGAAUUACAAAAACUAACUACUAAUAAACCACUGAUUGAAGUGAUACAAAAGGCGGCUCAACAAAUGUUGAAAUUAACUUACAAAAACUAUGCUGAUGUUAAUCAAAAAACUAACUCUGAUGAAACAAAAAAAAAUGAAAAACCUUGUUCUACUACAAAGAGUUGUGCUUCUCAUUCAAGAUCAAAAUACAAAGCUGCCAGAAUACGAAGAAAUUCUACCUCUAGUGAAAAUGAUAUAUCUAGUUCAAAUGUUACGUCUGGAAAAACAUCAAGAAGAUCUUCGAUUCAAGAUGAUACAAGUGAUAACAUGUCUUCUAAGAAUAAUGAUGAAAAGAAUCAUCCUAGCAAUAAACCAUAUAUCAUGUUUGAAAUAAGUAAUGAAGAUGGUCUAUGUAUAAAAUCUGCAAAUAUUGAUGAAGCAUGGAAGAAUGUUCUGGAUCAAGUACAAGAUGCAUGCACAGCUGCUCAUCUUAAGAGAAAGAAUAUAAGUCAGAAUGGUAUAGAUGGACUUUCUGUAAUGGGUCUCACUAAUAAUGCUGUAAGAUAUUUAUUAGAGCAACUGCCUGGUGCAAAAAAUUGUGUGAAUUAUAACUUCCUAUUUCAUCCUCCUCAUCCUGAAGAAGAGGAGUUACCAUUAAACCCAACUGGAUGUGCUCGAUCUGAGCCUUUUCUAACUAGGAAAGAUUAUGAUAUGUUUAAUUUCUUAGCUUCAAAGCAUCGCUGUCCUCCACAAUAUCAACCUUAUUUACGUGAUGAAGAGAUGAAACACAAAUCAUCUCGCAGAGCAACCAGCAUAGAUUUGCCAAUGGCUAUGCGCUUUAGACAUUUGAAGAACAGUGCUAAGGAAGCUGUAGGAGUUUAUAGGUCACAAAUUCAUGGGCGUGGACUUUUCUGUAAAAGAAAUAUUGAUGCUGGAGAAAUGAUAAUUGAAUAUGCAGGUGAAGUCAUUCGGAGCAUUCUAACUGAUAGUCGAGAAGCUUAUUAUGAAAGCAAAGGUAUCGGAUGCUAUAUGUUUCGUAUAGAUGAUAAUGAAGUAGUUGAUGCCACUAUGCAUGGAAAUGCUGCAAGAUUUAUUAAUCAUUCUUGUGAACCUAAUUGUUAUUCCAAGGUCAUAAAUGUCGAUGGAAAGAAACAUAUUGUAAUAUUUGCAUUGAAAAGGAUAUUAAAAGGAGAAGAACUCACCUAUAAUUAUAAAUUUCCUAUUGAAGAUGAAAAAAUUCCCUGUACUUGUGGUUCCAAAAGAUGCCGGAAAUAUCUAAAUUAAAAAUAAUUGCAGCUAGUUUCAGCGAAAUGUAGCUUUAAUUAUAAAUAUAACACUGUAUUGUAUAUAUUGUAAUAUAACAAAUAUUGCACAAUAAUUAUUCUUAAACAAAAUUUUUGAUAAUAAAUUAAAGUAGAAUUUUUAGACUUGAACUUAACAAAGAAGGGCACUCUUCCAGACUGCUUCUCUCUUUUUGUUAGGCUGUAAGUCUAGGAAAUUUUAUAAUGCGGUGUGUCAGUGACAUCAUCAACUUUUCUGUAAGAGAUUUUUACUACAUAGAAUUUUUAGAGAUAAACAUGUGUACAGUAAUCAGAUAUAUAUAUAUACUUUCAUAAUCAUUGUACAGCAGUCAUCUCAAUUAAAUAAACAUAUUUUAUCAUUCUUUUGUUAAAUCUAUGCAAAUUGUAGCAGAGGGCCAAAACAAGUCUUAAGAUUGACCAAUCAUCAAGUAAAAAUUAAUCUUAACAUGUAUAUAGCUCUCAUGGCAAAGAAAGUUUUUCCUUUUUUAUGUAUAUCAUAUACUUGUUUAUUGUAAAUGUAAAUUUCCUUUCUAAUAAUGUCUUCAAAGUUUAAAAAGUGCCUUUUUAUUAUUAUGGUGUAUUUGAAAUAUGUUUCAUAUUUAUAUAAACAUCAAGAAGACUUCUUGUGAAUUGAAUCCUUUGUAAAUAGAAAUUAAAUUUAUUUGUCAUAUAUAUAUAUAUAUAUAUUGCCAUACAUCUCCAUUGAGAAUGUUUCAUUUUAGAGUAUAAAAAAUUUUUACACUUGCAUUAUUUCUUUCUCUGAUAUUA